GCGGGGUUGGAUGGCCGUUAUUAGUGGAGGGUCUCGCCUUCGCCACAACUACAGGCUACGAGGGCGCGCGCCUCUAAGCGACGGUCGGCAUUUUUUUUGUUAACCGGGAAGGCGACGUGGCAUGUAGACGGAGGCAGCGAACGGAUUGCGUUCAAGAUGAUGGAGAAGCUUCUUUUCUGCGGAGCGGGAACGACACAUUGCACCACGGUCAAUGUUGAGGAUACUGAAGACAUGUUGCCUAAAUCCAGAAGAGCGCUCACCAUCCAAGAAAUCGCCGCGCUAGCAAGAUCAUCGCUACAUGGUAUCUCCCAAGUGGUUAAGGACCACGUCACCAAGCCGACGGCGAUGGCUCAGGGUCGCGUGGCGCACCUGAUCGAGUGGAAGGGGUGGAGCAAGCCUACGGACACGCCCCUCGCCCUGGAGACACACCUGAACACCUACUCACACCUGACGGAGGGGGAACAGGAGGCACGCUUCGCCGCAGGUGUAGCGGAGCAGUUUGAGAUUGCGGAGGCCAAGUUGCGCGCCUGGUCAUCAGUGGAUGGAGAAGACUCUAAUGAUGAGUCAUACGAUGAGGAGUACCAGCCAACUAACGACCCCACUACACAGAGCACAGAGCUGUCCUCCUACCCGCCGUACCUGAGGGAGCUGAUCCAGGCGCAGCUGACCUUUGAACCCUCCUCUCCCCCGUCACCGUCGGAUACACUCGGCUCCUCCCUCUGCAGUCUGGAUGAGCACCACCCCCUGCUCAGGGACCUGCGUCGUCACGGCAACACACACACCUGCGUACCGCCCAGCGCUGCUGACCUGGCCGCCAAGAUUAUAGGUUUCGCUCUGCAGGCAAGGGAGGAGUCAGCAGAAUGGUCACACCUCCAGAGGAGGAGAGGGGGCGGAGACUCACCCUGCUACUCGGCAACCUUCUCGGAGACGUACCUGUCGCCGGGGGAGGAGGAGGAGGAGGAGGAGCAAGUGCCAUAUAAGGAGUGUGGAGGCGGGGUUUGUGGACUGCAGAGGCAGGGGUCCGACGUGGCGUCCAGCGGAGUGGUGUCAUUGGAGGAGGAGGAGGAGGAAGAAGAAGAGGAGGAGGAGGAGAGGAGAGAGGGAUGAGGAGGAAGAUGAAGAGAAGGAGGAGAGGAGAGAGGGUUUAGAGGGAGAAGUGGAGAGGAGUAGGAAAUGAGAGAGAGAUAUGACUAGAGAAGAAGAGAGGGAUGAAGAGGAGAGAGGGAUAAAGGCUGAGGAGGAGUGCAUGGACUUUCUCCUCCUCUUGGUCAAUUUAUUCUUUUAUUUCAGCUCUGACUCUCUCUUCAUCUCUUUCUCUCUUCAUCUCUUCUCAUCUUUCCUGUCACCCUAUUUCUCUACUUCUCUCUGUCUGUCCCUCUCUAUCUCUGUCUCUCUCUCUCUCUGUCCUUCCUCCCCCCUCUCUCUCUACGUAUGUCUCUCUCUCUGUCCUCUCCUUAUGUGUUGCCAAGGUGACGUCUGUUUUGCACCCAGCUGGUGUGUAUGACUAGCGUCCAAACAAUCAGAGCACACAC